AUUCGGUCUACCCGGAGAAGGUUGGCAGCCUGGACAAUGUUGUGUUUUCACACGGACAACUGCCCGCUUCUGACAGGCUUGGCUUGGCUCUAGCGCCAUGCGACGCUACAUGACUGAUCUGCGGCAUAUACGCCGGAGACGCAUAUUCUCCUCCUCCUCCUCCUAUGAUGAGCUCACCUCUCUCCGUCCAUCACACACUCUCCUUGGACCACACCACCAGCUUCUCUUGGAUACGCAUUUCACUGUCACUCACUGAACAACAAUCCCUAGACAGACUUCCAAGAUGUUCGGCUUCACAUAUCUCGUCUGCACGCUAUCAAUCCUCAGCUCCAUCGUGAAAGCUGCUCCUCCAACAACAACACCAGAAUCAAAAAACGAUAUCAGGAAAAUCCGAAACCUACAUCAAAGCCAUUCCCUCGUAACAAGAAAUACAAUCCCAGCAGCAGAGCCACAACAAGUCUGGAUCGACGAAUUCGACAACAUCCAAACCCUCCCAGAACCCAAACCCAUCGAACACUCCCACUCACACGACACAUCAUCCACCCAGUCCCAGUCCCAGUCCCAGUCCCAGUCCCAAUCCCACCAAUCACCCUUCGAUUUCCUCAUCCAAAGCUACAGUCACGGCGUAGAAAUUCUCAAUUUCGAUCAACACUCCAUGUAUCUUCAAGGCUUCUUCGACGGCAUUGCAAUUUAUGGAGCCGUGGCGGUCGCGGCUUUGAUCUGUAUCGCUCUGGUUUGUCAUACUGUGGCGUCGAAAUCUGGAGGGGCGAUUCGAUUGGGGAGAAAUACGCGUCGACGGGGUUGGUCGAGGGAUUCUUUGUGAGAUUGAUUUGAUGAGAGGGAGUAUGUUGAGAUGGUUUUGAUGAUGAUGAUGAUGAAUGAUGAAUUAUGAGUAUGAUGGGUAGAGAUUGGAUUGCUAUUUGGUGGUAUGGUGUGAUUUAUCGCUGGGGGAGGGGGUGUAUCAAUAUAAAUCCUGGCGCAUCCAUCUUUGCACUUUUUU